AUGUCGAGUAACAACAUAUCAACUAUUGUCGGAGAAAGUAUUCCACCCCAAACUAAACAUGCGGUAUCUGUAUGUCUCCCUACUUGGAAAAGUAACGUAGGUUAUGAAGAACAUGAUCCAGAAGUUAUUAGUAGAUUAACUACAGGAUAUCCAAGGUUUUUCAUUCACAAGAGUAUUCAAAAGUUAUGCAGUGUUUUAAUUGAAAAAUAUGCUAUUGACAAUGAACGUGAAAAAUGUUUAGUUUUUAGUAGUUACAAUGUUGCCAAAAGAUGCCGUGAAUAUAUAAAAGUCAGAUCGCCAAAAAACAAAGCCUCAAAAGUGAGAAUUUUACAAUUGAGCACUUGUAAACCAAAUAAUCCAGAAGAGGAGCACUAUAAACAGGAAUGUAAAGUUUCUGUUGUUUUUGUUGAUCAGGAAGAUUUCCCCUUUUUAAAAGAAUACUGGCAACAUACUGGAGAAGGAAUAAGUAGCAGAGUGGCUGAGUACGUGUUAAAAGAAUUAUUUCUAGCCAUAAAUAAAGAGGCAGAAAAGAACAAAGGCCAUAUUCAAGACGAAACAGCCAAUACUUUGAACCAGCAACUUGAUGAUGAUGAAAAUUUUGUAGAGCAAAGAUUUGGCAGAAGCUUAGAUAUGUCCAUGGGUGCUCGUGCAAAAUUGUUGAUUAAAAGAAGAAUUGCCAGAAAAGUUGUUGAUGUGGACGAUGAGGGAGGUACCACUGCUAGCGCUGAUAACGGAAGGACUAUUACUUCUGGAGCUACAGGGAAUAUAAAUGAAUUUAUUAUAGAUACUACAAGUCGUUCUACAAACCAUGGCACUGAUUCAAGAAGUCAAUCUAACAACAUAAAUACCUCUGAUUUCACACAUUAUAAUGAAAAUGGUGAAGAAGUUGAAGUGUUCAAUAUAACAAAUUCUAUUGAAGAAAACACCAUUUCUGAUAAUGUGCCUAGAGGGAAUGUUGAAGUACAACCUUCUCCUUAUAAGAUCGAUUCGGAAAAGGAUGUUUAUUUAUUUCCAAGCGGCAUGGCUGCUAUAUUUACUGCCCAUAGAUUGCUAUUAGAAUUAGAUAGUUUACGUGUUAAUAGAAAAUAUGACGACGAACAAGAACAAUUACCACAUAGUAAAGUAAAUAGGGUGAUUGGGUAUGGUGCCCCGUAUAAAAAAACCGUUAUGUUUGGUUUCCCAUACACAGACACAUUAUCUAUAUUAAGAAAGUUUAAUCAUACACAUUUUUUACCUAAUGACGAUGCCAUGGAAAGAUUGCAAGAAAUUUUGCAAUCAGGUGAGCAAAUAUUGGCAGUUUUCUGUGAGACUCCGUCAAAUCCGUUGUUGAAAAUGGGGGAUUUAUUGAAAUUGCAUGAUUUGUCGUUAAAAUACGGGUUUUAUAUUGUCGUUGAUGAUACAAUUGGUGGCUUUGUCAAUUUGGAUGUUUUGCCGCACGCGGACAUUGUAGUUUCUUCAUUGACUAAAAUUUUUAGUGGUGAUUCAAAUGUUUUGGCAGGUUCUUUGAUUUUAAACCCUAAGAGCAGAUUAUACGAUUUUGCAAUCAAUAGUUUUUUUUCAAAUGCUGAUGGCAGUAGUUCCUACGAGGACUUACUAUGGUGCGAAGACGCAAUUUGCUUGGAAAGAAACUCUAGGGAUUUUAUUGAAAGAGCUUUAAAAGUCAAUGUAACUACCGAAUGGUUAAUUACUGAAGUAUUGUUACCAUACAAGGGCAAGCUAUUUAGGAAUAUUUAUUACCCAACAUUAACCAAUAAAGAAACCAAAGAAAACUAUGAUGCUGUUAAGACAAUUCAUGGGGGAUAUGGUGAAGUAUUUUCAUUGGUAUUUUUUGAAUAUGAAAGAGCAAUUCUAUUCUUUGAUAAUUUGAAAUUGUGUAAAGGUCCCUCUUUAGGCACGAAUUUUACUUUAAGUUGUCCAUAUGCUAUUAUAGCACAUUACGCUGAACUGGAAGAGGUGGCUAAAUAUGGUGUAGACAAAAGCUUAGUAAGAGUUAGUGUUGGGUUGGAAUCGCCAGAGUAUUUGAGAGAUCUUUUUCAAUACGCAAUAGACAAGGCAAUGGAGUGA